AAGCAAGGAAUUGGCGUGUGCAUGUAUGUGAUUGUGCAUGUGUGUGCGUACUGCGUGUUCACCACAGUGGCUUAACUUGCUCGCGGCUCAGGCUCGUUGUUCAGCUUUGACGCUAUGUUGCGGUGGUUUUUCGUUCAAGAAAAAGGCGCUCACGGGCGCGUCCUAUAAUAUCGACGCUGCAGCUUGUUUCUUCUAGCGCGCCACAACCAUUAAAUUUGUGUAUAUAUUUCGGAAUUAUAUACGCGACUUGAGUGUAAGGUACAGAGAGAUUCGCGCUUCCGUAUUAAAUACUUAACGGCAGCGCACCCACAUUGAGCCGGCUAUAAUAUUGCGUCCGCGAGUGCAGUUAGCGUUGCAGACCUUUAUUGUUGAAGGGGGCCGCUCGCCGCGGCUAAGUGUAACGCGACUCUCUAGCUAGUCGCAACACUCGCAACUCUCACUGUACGCCGAGCUCGUAUUAGCGUCGGUCUCGCCGUGUAUAUGUGAAAAUGGCGGACGGCGACAUUGAUCUUUACGCCGACGAUCUCGAGCAAGAUUUCGCUCAGGUACAGGGAGAAUUUGCUGGUGAUGGAGUUGAUCUCUAUGAUGAUGUCAUAGCUUCAUCUCAAGGAAACAAUGAAAGAGGAGCUUCAGAAAGUAGCGAACGAGGAGAUAGGGAAAGUAGAGAAACUGUCAACGAGGAAACCAAUGGUAGUGCUCCAUACCAUCAACUUGGUAAUAACAUACAGCCUAAUCAAGUUGGUAGGAGACAUCAAUUGUAUGUUGGAAAUCUGACUUGGUGGACGAGUGAUCAAGAUAUUGCUGAUGCUAUUAGCAAUGUAGGGGUCCCUGAUUUUCUAGAGGUUAAAUUUUUUGAAAAUCGAGCCAAUGGUAGAUCCAAAGGAUUUUGCGUCAUUUCUUUGGGAUCUGAACAAAGUAUAAGGCAUGUUAUGGAGAGAUUGCCUAAAAAAGAACUACAUGGGCAAAAUCCUGUUGUUACAUACCCUAGUAAACAGGCUUUAAAUCAAUUUGAAUCUCAAUGCAAGUCAAGACCUACACCAUCUCCACAACAAGGUCAAGGCGGUCAAAGACCACACAAUGCCCAUCAUAAUGCACCACCACCACAUGGUCAACAUCCACAUGGACAGCAUCCACAACAUGGACAACAAAAUCAUGGACCACGGAUGAUGAUGGGUCCUCCUCAAGGACAGAUGCGACCUGGACCAAGAAUGUCUGGAGGACCUCCGGGCAUGGGACCAGGACCAGGUGGACCACCUCAACAAGGACCUCCACGAAUGCAUGGAUCACCAAUGGGACCUGGCCCUGGAGGACAGCAUCCCAUGCAUCAUCCUAAUCAAGGUCCACCACCACCUGGUUAUGGACAACAGGGACCAUGGAAUGGUCCAAGACCAAAUGGUCCUCCGGGACCUCCUAGAGGUCAGCCUGGCCCUGGAGGCCCUCCGCCACCUCAGCAAGGACCACCACCACCUGGACAAGGAAGACCACCUGGAAUGUAUGGGCCUCAUGGUGGACCCCCACCACCAGGACAGGGAAUGCCACGAGCUCCACCUGGUCAUCCUGGUGGCCCACCUGGUGCUGAUCCACGUGCUGCUCCACCUCGUCCAGGGGAUUGGAACAGGCCUCCAGGCCCAGGCGGACCCCCACCAGGUCACGGAGGUCCUCCUCAGGGACCACCUCAAGGACCUCCUGGUGGACCAGCGCCUCAUGUCAAUCCUGCAUUCUUUCCACAAGGUCCACCGCAUCCUGGUCAACAUCCUGGAGGCCCACCACCAGGACCACCUGGACCAAUUCAUGGUCCUCCUCAUGGUCCACCCCAUGGGCCACCUCAUGGACCACCACAUGCGCAACCUCAUGGUCCAGCUCAUGGGCCCCCACCGCCACAUGCACCUCCACAUGCCUAUGGAUCACUAGCAACACAACCUCCGUACGGAGCACCGGGUCCAGACCAUCGUGCAGAUGGACCUCCACCUUUAUCUGAGCAAGAAAUCGAAGAAAUCAUGGGACGUAACAGAACGGUAUCAUCGUCGGCUAUAGCUCGAGCGGUAUCAGAUGCUGCUGCUGGUGAAUAUGCCAGUGCCAUCGAGACCCUAGUGACUGCUAUAUCAUUGAUAAAACAAUCCAAAGUAGCAGCUGAUGACCGAUGUAAAAUACUCAUCAGUUCUCUUCAAGACACUUUAAGAGGUGUCGAAACAAAGAGUUACGGAUCUGCUCGUAGAGAACGUUCGAGAUCCCGAGACAGAGAUCGAAGCCAUAGACGUCGACGGGAUCGUUCUCGAAGCCGGGAACGCGAGUACAGAGAGCGCAGCAGAGAAAGAGAUCGUGAUCGUGAUCGUGAACGCGACAGGGACAGGGACCGUGAAAGGGAGCGCUAUUACAAUGAGUCAUACCCAAGGGAGCGCUCGCGUAGCAGAGAACGCGAUCGUGAACGCGACAGGGAGUACAGAGAACGUAGCCGAGAGGAGAGUACAACACGUUCAUCCACCAGGCCAAGAGUUAAGGAAGAAGUGCCCGAGGCGGCACCCGUUUCAUCUUCCAAACCAUCUAGGUAUUACGACGAGCGCUACAGAGAACGAGAUCGUGAGCGAGAACGUGAUGGAACUAGUCGGCGUGGUGCUGAACGUGAAAGAGAACCAGAGCGCGAACGAGAACGAGAACGGGAUCGGGAGAGAGCUGACUCAUCUCAUCGCUCCAGACACUGAAAAAAUGAAAUUUUCUUCGUCAAUUCUGUUGUCAUAACAAUUGUGUAAUCAAACAAAUUGUGUCACUGUGAGAGCUGCAGACACAACAGCAUAAGAACAAAUAGCCAAUUACAAUAAGGAUGACUCGCAAGACUAAACGCAAUGGAUCAAUCUGCAACCGACGUUCAUGAUGACAGAAAAGUGACAAAAAUAUUCUAUGAAAAAUAAAGAAUGACUGCUCUACAAAAAAGAAGCAUAUGAGGCUGACCAGUUGGAUGACAUAAAUAACUUUGAAUUAUAUUAAUUAAAUAAUAGUUUAUACACAUACUCAAGCAAUGAAUUUCACUAUUAUAAUUGAUUAUUAUAUAUAAAUAUGUAUAAUGGUCUAUUCUUUUUUUUAAUUAUUGUGGCAUGUUUUAAACCUUUUUAACAUGCGUCAUGUUAGAUGACUAAAUACUUAAUCUUACCGCAAUCUUUUUUAUUAUUCAAGAGAAUAAGGAUUAUUACCUAGUUAAAUUAAAGAAGUAUGAUUAAAAAA